GGUGGCGGGAAAUCCCCGCUCCAGGGGGCCCCCGCAGCCGCGCCUCCGGGAAACGCUCGCCACAGAACCCGUCCUGAGGGAGCUGGGCGUCCUGGGAUUGGUGUGUCCGGAGCUGUCUCCCGUCGUGCACCGGGGCACUGGCGACUCACCCGGAAGGAGAAGCCGGGAGUAGGGCUCUGUGGUGGGGCGCUGGUAGAGUCGCUGUGGGAUGCUGGUACUGCUCUGAGUUUGGCAAUUUACCAAAUGCCUGGAAAGAAAAGAGAAAACAAAAUUAUUUGGAGGAGGAGCCAGCCUGGAUCAUUUGUUGGCAGUACAUAUUGGCUGAAGUCAGUUUUCAUUUCAAGAUGUUUUCUUCCAGUGGGCUUUUGGAGUAGGAUGUCGGAGAACCAAGAGCAGGAGGAAGUGAUCACUGUUCGUGUUCAAGAUCCCCGCAUACAGAAUGAGGGCUCCUGGAAUUCUUAUGUGGAUUACAAGAUAUUCCUCCAUACAAACAGCAAGGCAUUUACUGCCAAGACUUCCUGUGUGCGGCGUCGAUAUCGAGAGUUUGUGUGGCUGAGGAAGCAGCUUCAGAGAAACGCUGGUUUGGUGCCUGUACCUGACCUUCCUGGGAAGUCCACCUUCUUUGGCAGCUCGGAUGAGUUCAUUGAGAAGCGACGACAAGGUCUGCAGCACUUCUUGGAGAAGGUCCUGCAGAGUGUAGUACUUCUGUCGGACAGCCGGUUGCACCUCUUCCUGCAAAGCCAGCUCUCCGUGCCUGAGAUAGAAGCCUGUGUUCAGGGCCGAAGCUCCAUGAACGUGUCUGAUGCUAUUCUUCGCUAUGCUAUGUCCAACUGUGGCUGGGCCCAGGAAGAGAGGCAGAGUGCCUCUCACCUGGCCGAAGGAGACCAGCCUAACAAUUGCUGCUUUCUUCCAAGAUCAGGGAGGAGGAGCUCGCCCUCACCACCUCCCAGUGAAAAGAAGGACUAUUUAGAAGUGUGGGCGCCUAUGGUUGAGUCUGAGGUUCCAUCUUUGGAAAGUCCCACACUGCCACCCCUCUCCUCACCGUCAUGCUGUGAUUUCACAAGAUCCGACAAGGGACCCUCCACUCCCCAACCUUCGAAGACCACGGUGGGGGACCAUGCUGUGCUUUUGGACCCUGAUGCACUAGACACAGUUUGGGAAAAGUGAGCUCUGCCCCAAGUUCUGGGUUCUACUUUGAGGUGGCCAGGUGAAGAUGCAGGCCAGGCGGGACUGGGCACAGGGCAGGUAGAGGGGAAGUUGGUCUGCUUAGCUUCUUGCAGUCACCUCUUGCUGAGAUCAGGUACACAGAGGUAGGCUGUGAUUGCUGCUCAUGCCUCCUCUAUAGGAAUAGAUGCUGAGCAGGCAUUUGUAAGAGACAAGGAGGGCCCACAUGCUACUGAUUCUGAAUCUGACUCUUUAUUUUCCCUCUCCUGGGAGCUGAAUUUCUUCAGGUGUGUUUAUAAGCUCAGGAGCACUACCAACUCAGGUAACUGAUUUUGGGGACCUGUAUGUGGCACAUUCUCAGCUGCCAUACUGAAUAUUGUCCCCACAGUAUGCUUGUGUAGCUGUACUCACGUUGUGGCUAGCUUCAGGGUUGUUGUUUUUUUUUGCCAGUCCUGGGGCUUGAACUCUGGGCUUGGACACUGUCCCUGAGCCUCU